AUGGCAUAUCAAGGCCAACAUUGGCCCACCGAACAAGACCACUUGGUCUACGGUGUCGGUACCUGGCCUCGUUCCAUCCCGUAUCAAUCGAGCCUGCACGAGGAUGACACCGACAGCCAGGGUACCUCUACUACCGGCUAUGAGCAUGCCGAUGGCAGCCAGCAUCCGCAUCAAUCCAGUGCCGCUUCAUCGUGGACAACGGGAUCCGGUACAGCAUCGAACCAUGAUGGCUCGACAAGCACCGAAACGGACAUUGUGUGGUCAAUGCCGUCGUUGUCAUAUACUGCUGGGACCUCCAUUGGAUCAGACCCGCCGCUCAUGCCGGUUCCCCUUCAGGCCCAGCCCCAGCUCCCACAGGCACCAGGUCCUGCUGUGCUCUACUGCGAAAUCCCAGAGUGUCCGUGGUAUUUUGAUGCCAAGGAUGACUGGAUGAGCCACAUUAUCCACGACCAUUAUGGAGGUAACUGCCCGCCUCAGUGCAGCUGCCCGAUCUGCAACAAGCAAUUUGAUGCUUCGCGGACCCCUGGCAGUGAUGCAAAUGCCAAUUUUGUUCGGCGUCUCGAGCAUAUCAGCAAGCAUCUGGUGAAGGGCGAUGCUUGGGAGGCCCGAUAUGAGGACCACGAAACGAGAGACCACCCUGUGAGGUUGGCUGGAGACGACACCAUGCGGCCGAGAUUCCAUCCUGCAGAUUACACGUCUCCAAAGCAGGAAAAGAGGCACGAUGCUGAAAACAGCAGGAGGGUCGAUCAAAGAAAGGAAGACCAUCGUCGCAGGAAAGAGUCGGACAAGAGGGACAAGGGAGACAAGAAAGAUAAAGAAAAGAAAGACAGAAAAGACAAGAAGCGCCACUAG